AUGUCUUCGGUUCAGCCACUAUUCGUUCUUCAAGUGCCUCCUUCCUCUGGCACCACAGCAUCGGGAAACGGCAGUAUUGUCUGCGUAGAACCCGCACCCCAAGUCUAUGUCCUUAGCUUUUCGUCUCCACCAGAUAAUCGGCUGACACCCGCCUUCAACGCGACAUUCCUCCUUGCCCUUGAUAUUAUUGAAAUUAGGUUCUCGAAGGGCGUUGUAGUCUCCACAUCUAGCAUCACAAAGUUCUAUUCGAAUGGAUUGGAUUAUGAGAAGGCCGUCAAAGACCCUACCUUUUUCCGAAACAGUCUCUACCCUCUCUGGUGGCGUCUGCUCACAUAUCCAAUGCCUACGAUUGCACUUAUUAACGGGCACGCCUUUGCCGGCGGCUUAAUGACAGCAAUGAUGCACGACUACAGAAUCAUGAAUCCCCACAAAGGGUUUCUAUGUUUGAAUGAGCUCGAUUUUGGGGCACCUUUGACAUCUCCUAUGGCCUCGAUAUUCCGAGUGAAGCUUCCAGCCAUGUCAACGUUGCGACAUAUGGUGCUUGAGAGCAGAAGAUAUCCAGCUCUCGAAGCGCUGAAGGAGGGUAUCAUCGAUGGCAUUGGUGGUCCGGAGGAGACACUCGCAUUCAUAGAGGAGAUGAAGUUGGUACAAAAGGGGCAGAGCAAAAGCUAUGGGCGUAUCAAGGAGGAACUUUAUCGAGAAGUCGUGAAGGAUCUAGAAGUGAGCGAUGGUAUGGCUAAGAUGGAGGCUGCAAAAGAUUUGGAGAGAAGCAGGAGAGAGCUAGAUGCUCGACACAGAGUGGGAAAAUGGGAGAACGACACAGGUAGGGAAAGGUCGAAAAUCUGA